AUGUCGUCUCGACCUCAAUUCGUGAAAAGACCACCUUUAAAAGAAUUGAAAUCUGAAGAACCUUUAACAUCAGGAUUUAAGUAUUAUUCUUGUCAAGGGAAACUUACUAUCCCAAAUAUCUGUCAAGAUUUGGCCUUUUCAACUGACGAUUUAAUCGAUGAAGGCGAGAUUGGUCGAGGUGCUUAUGGCUUUGUUAAUCGUAUGCUACAUGUACCAACACAGACAGUGAUGGCAGUCAAGAGAAUUCGUUCCACACUAAAUGAACGAGAACAGAAAAACACGCUGAAAGAUUUAGAUGUUGUUAUGAAUUCAGCAAAUUGUCCUAAUAUUGUCCUGUUUUAUGGUGCAUUAUUUAAAGAAGGCGAUUGUUGGAUUUGUAUGGAAAUGAUGUCCACUUCGUUGGAUAAAUUUUAUAAAUUUGUCUAUAAUCAUUUACAAUCACGAAUUCCUGAAAGUAUUCUCGGGAAAAUUACUACAGCGACUGUAUCAGCUUUGGAUUAUUUGAAAACUGCGCUCAAAGUAAUUCAUCGAGAUGUGAAACCUUCAAAUAUUCUAAUCGAUUGUAAUGGCAAUGUGAAAUUGUGUGAUUUUGGUAUCUCUGGUCAACUAGUUGAUAGUAUAGCUCGAUCACGUGAUGCCGGUUGUAAACCGUAUAUGGCGCCAGAACGUAUUCAUCCAGAUUUAAGUGUUAACGGUUAUGAUAUACGUUCAGAUGUAUGGAGUUUAGGCAUAACACUCAUUGAAUUAGCCACUGGUCAAUUUCCCUAUCCAGCAUGGAAUUCUGUUUUUGAACAAUUGACAUGUGUUCUACACGAUGAUCCUCCCAGUUUGCCGGAAUACAUUCGUUCACCAAUUCAAAUGUCAUCAUCAACAACCACACUUGUCAAUAUUGACUACCAUUCGAAUAAUCCGAAUAGUCAUUCGAAUAAUAAUAAUAACAGUAAUUUAAAUGAAUCUACACAGUCGAGUGAUUUUUCACCAGAAUUUCGUGAUUUUGUUUCUCAAUGUUUAAAGAAAGAAGUGAAAUCUCGACCAAAGUAUCAAGCACUCAUGAAUCAUCCCUUCUAUUUACGUUCUCUUGCUGAAGUUGUUAACGUUGGCAGAUAUUUUCAAUCCGUCCUGGAUAAAGUUCCAGUUGAUAUGAAUAUGAAUGAAUUAGGUCAAAUGAUGAGUGGAUAA